GUUGUCUUCGGACGGAAGCUCACGUCUUUCUCAACAAUAGCACUUAACCAGCUGCAGCAUGAGAAGAAAUACGACAUUUAUUUUAUGGAUGGAGACGUUUAUGCACUGUACAGGAAGCUGCUGCAGCACGAAUGCUCCUUGUGCCCGGACGCGAAGCCGUUCAACACCUUCGCCGAUCUGGAGCAGCACAUGAGGAAGCAGCACGAGCUCUUCUGCUGCAAACUCUGCGUGAAACACUUAAAGAUCUUUACUUAUGAACGGAAAUGGUAUUCUCGGAAGGACCUCGCCCGUCAUCGGAUCCACGGAGAUCCAGACGACACCUCCCAUCGGGGGCACCCCUUGUGUAAAUUCUGUGACGAGCGUUACUUGGAUAACGAUGAGUUGCUGAAACACCUAAGGCGAGAUCAUUAUUUUUGUCAUUUCUGUGACUCUGACGGUGCUCAGGAAUACUACAGUGACUACGAAUACCUGCGGGAGCACUUCCGCGAGAAACACUUCCUGUGCGAGGAGGGCCGGUGCAGCACGGAGCAGUUCACGCACGCUUUCCGCACGGAGAUCGAUUACAAAGCCCACAAGACGGCGUGUCACAGCAAGAGCCGGGCGGAGGCCCGGCAGAACCGCCACAUAGACCUGCAGUUCAACUACGCGCCGCGGCACCAGCGCAGGAACGAGGGUGUUGUGGGCGCAGAGGACUACGAAGAAGUUGACCGGUACAACAGGCAAGGGAGGGCGGCCAGGCUGGGCGGCCGAGGAAGUCAGCAAAACAGAAGAGGCAGCUGGAGAUACAAGAGGCAAGAAGAAGACAGAGAUGUUGCAGCAGCAGUGAGGGCCUCCGUGGCAGCCAAACGUCAAGAGGAGAAAAAACGGGUAGAAGACAAAGAGGACGGCAGCAGUCGAGGGAAAAAGGACGACUCGAGGGAUUCUGAAGCGCUUGGCUCCAAACGCGUGCCAAAGUCUUUGAAUGACGCUACAGAAGCAGCUGCUAAUGGUGCUUUAAGCCAAGAUGACUUCCCAGCAAUUAGUUCAGCAGUGGGACCUCUCCAAGGCUCUGCCCAGCUCGCGGCAGUUAAGCUUAAAGAAGAAGAUUUCCCAAGCUUGUCAUCCUCAGCAGCUCCCACCAUCUCAGCCGGGAUGUCUUUGACCUAUACAGCGACCACAAAGAAAACGGCUUUCCAAGAGGAGGAUUUCCCAGCUCUGGUGUCCAAACCGAGGCCUAACAACAAAACAGUGACGAACAUCACGUCUGCCUGGAACAACAGUUCCAGUAAAAACGUGGUCAAAGCCAUCAGCAACCCCUGCGUCAACCAAGUAGCCAAAAAACCAUCCUCCUUGAGCAGCACUAAAGGAAGUAAGAAGAGCAAUAAACUCUCUCAGUCGGACGAUGAAGACGGCGGCGGCGGUUUGACGACCCAGGAGAUCAGAAACACGCCAACGAUGUUCGACGUCUCGUCCUUGCUGGCAGCUUCUACCUCACAAACUUUUACGAAAGUGAGCAAGAAAAAGAAGAUGGGGGUUGAGAAGCAGAGACCGUCGUCGCCGCACCUCUCGCAGGAGACGUCCUUUCCCAGGUUGGCGACCGAAAAGCCGUCGGAAGCGGAGCGGACGUCGAACGCGGCCUCUGCUCUUCACGCCCCCGACAGAUCCGCAGCUGUCACGAAUGGUCAUUUGGAGAAAUCGUUAGGGAUCUGUAGUACGCCCAAAGAGCCCCCCGGCCUUAAAAAGCCCACAGUGACUAACCAAUGCCCUUUACCUCAGGAAGAUUUCCCAGCUCUUGGGAGCUCAGGAUCAGCUCGGAUGCCCCCGCCACCAGGCUUUAACACUGUGGUGCUACUAAAGAGUCCUCCUCCGCCUCCGGGACUGUCGGUGCCUGUUAGUAAACCCCCUCCAGGUUUUGCUGUUAUUCCAUCCACCAACAUCUCCGAACCUGUCACUACAUCUUUGAAAGAGCCAAAAUCCCGUCACGGAUCAUACUUGAUACCCGAAAACUUCCAGCAAAGGAACAUUCAGUUAAUCCAAUCCAUUAAAGAAUUCCUUCAAAGUGAUGAGUCCAAGUUCAAUAAAUUUAAAACUCAUUCUGGACAAUUCAGACAGGGUCUGAUUUCUGCAGCCCAGUAUUACAAAAGUUGCCGAGAACUGCUUGGCGAUAACUUCAAGAAAAUUUUCAAUGAGUUGUUGGUGUUGUUGCCGGACACAGUUAAGCAACAAGAACUACUUUCCGCUCACAACGAUUUCAGAGUCAAAGAAAAACAAGGCUCAAACAAAUCCAAAAAGAACAAAAAGAACGUUUGGCAGACGGACUCCAACUCCGAUCUCGACUGCUCCAUCUGCCCGACGUGCAAGCAGGUGCUGACGCAGCAGGACCUUGUCACCCACAAAGCUUUGCAUAUCGAGGACGAGGAGUUCCCUUCCCUCCAAGCCAUCAGCAGAAUCAUCAGUUAGCUUUCCCGAAGACCAAUAAAACAGUUGCUUUCUCU